AGGUAGGGGUCCCAGAGGUAGGAUAGUAUCAGUGCCACUAACGUAUCUUCCUUCACUUGCUUCACGGUAAAAGCAAAAGCCAUGGGGUGGGUCACUUUGACCCUAACAGCUCUAGCUACUUGGUCCUUAGUGACUUCGUAUCACCUCCCGCAUCUAGGACUACAUCCAGUGCAGCCAAGACAACCACUCUCAAACAUCUUGAAUUUUCAACGUGAUUCAGUGGAAAGUCUUCCACAACAAGUAAAAUCCGAGAUAAAAGAACAAACUGGGCAAAAAUUAGACUCUGAAUAUGGAUCUAAAUCAUUGCCACUCAGGGAUGCUGUGGAGGCUAUUCCGGAUAUGACUGAAUUCCAAGGUGCAAAAUGGGGAGCCUUCAAUAUUGGACGAAAAAGUGACGGAAGAAUGCCGUUAAGAGAUGCAGUAGAACAUCGAGUAGAGCCCAAUUUUGAAUCUAGUUUCGAUCAUGAAUCGAUUUGGCUUGAACAACUAUCAACACCUGCAGUUCGUAAAAUGGAGAGCGAAUAUAAAGUUGUCUGUCACUUCGAAUCAGGAGCAGCCUACAGAAUGGAUCCAUUUUCUUUAUUGCCUCAAGCUAUACCUACACGAAAAUGUACUCAUUUAGUAUACAACUCAGCAGUCAUAGAUCCUCACGAAUUAACUGUGACAGUACGAGAUCCUGAUUAUGACGAGAUCAAAGGAGGAUAUAAAACAGCUAUCGGUCUUCGAAAAAGAGAUCCCGGUUUACGAGUUCUAAUCUCCAUUACCUCGUUCGAUAACGGAAGAAUCUACAGAGAAUUAUUUGCUGGCUUCGAUCGUGCUCAAAAGUUUGUAGACUCAGUUCUGAAUUUCCUGAAGAAACACGAUUUUGAUGGAGUUGAAAUCGACUGGGAAAACAGAUCAAAUGCAGAACUAAGAAUGCUUUUACGAAAACUCUAUACACCUUUGUCGAACGAAGGCUAUAUUCUGGUACUUUCUACGAGACCAGAAGAUGCAGUUGAUCCUGAAAUCGCCUCACUGACGGACUUUAUGUUAUUUAAAGCCUGGAGAAGUACAGAAAAUACAGAAAUUGCUCAUCAUCCCGCUCCUCUCAGCGUGGUAGCUAAUUUUGUCAACCAGUGGAUUAUUAGAGGCGUUGAACCUCGUAAAAUCAUUCUGGGCAUCCCACUUUUUGGGAAAUCAUUUACUUUGAAAUUUAGUAAUUCUACAGUUGCUGGUUCUCCUGCAGUCGGCCCAGGACUUGGAGGAACUUAUACGAACCAUCGUGGAACACUUGCUUAUUAUGAGAUAUGUGAGAAUAUGGGAAAUAUGUGGAUGUCGGUAAGGGAUGAAGAAGGGCCAUAUGUGAAACGAGGAGAUCAGUGGGUCGGAUAUGAUGAUCCUAUCUCAGCAAAAAUUAAAUCAGCCUAUGUCAGAUAUGUUGGAUUGGGUGGAGUUUCAUUAUCUUCUUUGGAUCUCGAUGAUUUCCAGGGAAUUUGUGGCAGCCCUUGGCCAAUACUAAAUUCUGUUGUCAAAGGUCUAAGCAGGUAUGAUAUUUCCACGGAAAAAUGUUCGAAAGCAGGAUUGGCAAGCGAUCCUGACAACUGCUCAGGAUACAUAUCCUGUAUGAAAGGGUACAAGUACCAUGGUACCUGCGGAUUUGGUAGAUUUUACGAUUCCGACAAUGGAAAAUGCGUUCAAGCGAGGCCUGAAAUAUGUGAUCCAGGGCACACUAAUCGAGCUUCAUCUGCCGCAAAGUUGGAGGAACUACGUGAGAAGCAGCAAUUAGAACGACUUGAAUUAAAGCAAGAUGGCACAAAAGUUGUCUGUUACGUUACUUCAUGGGCGCUUUACAGAAAAGGAGAAGGAAAAUUCGUGCCUGAGCAUUUAGAUACGCGCUUAUGUACGCACAUCAUAUACGCCUAUGCUGGCCUCAACCCUGACACGCUGUUGAUUCAUUCGUUUGAUCCUUGGGCGGAUAUAGAAAACAAUCUAUAUCAGCGAGUAACUUCAGUAAAAGGUCCGUCAGUGCUAUUAGCGCUAGGUGGUUGGACUGAUAGUUCCGGAGAUAAGUACUCUCGUUUAGUGAGCAGUGCAUCUUCUCGAAGAAAAUUCGUAGCUUCAGCAGUAAAUUUCUUGAAAAAGCAUAAUUUCAAUGGACUCUCUCUCGAAUGGAAUUAUCCUGUAUGUUGGCAAAGCAAUUGUAAGAAAGGACCUAGUUCUGAUAGACCAAAUUUUACGAAGCUCCUAAAAGAGUUACGUAAAGAGUUUGAUGAGCAAGAACCCCCAUUGAGUUUAGUUGUUGCACUAUCUGGAUACAAGGAAGUUAUCGACACAGCUUACGAAGUUGAUGAAAUUUCGAACAUAGUUGAAUUCAUGUCCAUCAUGUCCUACGAUUACCACGGAGCUUGGGAAUCUAAAACUGGUCAUUUAGCACCACUUUACUCAAAAGCUGAUGAUACUAAUUAUUAUUACAAUGUGAAUUUCACAAUGGAAUACUUUACGAGUCUUGGAGCAUCAAGAAAAAAAUUAUUAGUGGGUGUACCCAUGUACGGUCAAUCAUACAGGCUUUCCCUUUCAUCUCAUUUUAAUUUGGGAGAUUCUGCUGCUGGACCAGGCACACCUGGAGAAUAUACGAGGCAACCAGGAAUGUUGGCUUAUUAUGAGAUUUGUGAAAGAAUCAAAAAACGAAACUGGAAAACUGGAUUAGGUCCUAAUGCAUACUUUAAAGAUCAGUGGGUAGGCUUCGAGGAUCCUAACAGCAUCAGGGAGAAAGGUAAAUACAUUUUGGAAAGUGGUUUUGGAGGAGCGACAGCAUGGACUGUAGAUUUGGAUGACUUUACAAACCGAUGCUGCAAGGAACCGUUUCCACUACUGCGCAACUUGAAUCGGGCGUUAGGUCGACUUUUAACACCGGAGCCGACUGACGAAGAUUGUCAAAAGCCAGAUGAACCUGUCACCCCUCAAGCUCCAACUUUAACAACUCACUCUGAUGCGCUGGAUGGAAGACCACAACCAACUAAGCCUAUGGGUUCAAGUACAACUACCAAAGCGACUACUUGGCCCACAUGGACUGAGAAACCAUCUUCCACCACAAGUUGGCCCACGUGGACUGAGAAGCCAUCUUCAACCACAAAGCAAACUUCGAUUUCCACCACUACACGCCGUUCAACAACUUCGAGUUCAACCAUAGUCCCAGAAGAAGAGACAAUAUCAAGCACGACAAAACCAGGCAUGAUGUGUAAUUCUGGUGAAUAUAUACCAGAUCCUAAAGAUUGUAGGUUCUACUAUAGAUGCAUCUCGGGAGAGUUGAGACGCGAGCAAUGCGCGCCAGGAUUACAUUGGGAUUUUCAUCGAGGUCUUUGCGAUUGGCCUUAUUCAGCAAAAUGUCAAGCUGGAUUAGCAACAUCUACUUCCAAGCCGGUCAAGACAACAGAAACUACCAUUGCCGAAACUGAUGACACUACAACGAAAAUACCCACGACCUCUCGCACCACAACAAUAAAAUCUGUUACGAAGCCGGUACGCAUCAAACCUACGAAAAAGCCCCAAAAAGAGUGCGAACAUGGACAGUAUUAUUCCUAUCCAAGCUCGUGUAACCAAUUUUUAAUAUGCGUGAAUGGAGAUUUUGUAACACAACAGUGCGGACCGGGUCUUAAUUGGAACGAUGAUAAAAAUAUGUGUGAUUGGGCAUUCAAAAAUCCGUGCACUGACGAGGCAAAUAAAAAGGCGCCACUUAAAGUGAAGGAUAUGGACGAAAAGAACUGCGCACCAGGAAGCUACUCGGGGGUACCAGGUGAUUGCCAAAGUUACCGAGCUUGCCUGUGGGGACGACACGAAGUAUUCCAAUGCGCACCUGGUCUUCAUUUCAAUACUGAAACUCAUAUUUGUGAUUGGCCAGCCCGUGCCAAGUGCACUGAUGAAAAUUCCGUACCAGAUGAGAUUCCAGUGACAGCAGCUAAGCCUACAACUACUUCUCCCUUCAAACCAACCAUGACGACUGAAAAUCCUUGGACUUGGACAGAACCACCGAAGCCAACUCCAACACCAGCAGUUGAUCCUGAGAAGAAAUCCCCUUUGUCCGGACAUUUCAAAGUAGUAUGCUAUUUCACUAAUUGGGCUUGGUACCGAAGAGGCAUUGGUCGAUACCUUCCAGAGCACAUAGAUCAUACUCUUUGUACUCAUAUUGUGUAUGGUUUUGCUGUCCUCGAUUAUUCGGACUUGACUAUCAAAGCUCACGAUUCGUGGGCGGACUUUGAUAACCAAUUCUACGAAAGAGUAGUGGCAUUCAAAAAGCGAGGUCUCAAAGUGACUUUGGCGCUUGGUGGAUGGAACGAUUCAGCUGGAGAUAAAUACAGUAGAUUAGUGAACAAUCCAGCAGCACGAAAGAAGUUUGUGGAGCAGGCCUUGAGAUUUAUAGAAAAAUUCGGGUUUGAUGGUUUGGACUUGGAUUGGGAGUAUCCUGGAUGUUGGCAGGUGGAUUGUAAAAAGGGCCCAGACUCGGAUAAACAGGGGUUUGCAUCUUUGCUGGAAGAAUUAAGUAGGGAAAUGAAACCCAAAGGACUUUUGCUGACCGCUGCGGUGUCUCCGAGUAAAACUGUGAUAGACAAGGGCUACGACGUUCCAGUGCUAGCCAAGUACUUGGAUUGGAUCGCAGUAAUGGCUUAUGACUAUCAUGGACAAUGGGACAAGAAAACUGGUCACGUCGCGCCUUUAUACUAUCACGAUGAUGAUGAAUUUUACUACUUUAACGCCAACUAUUCCAUCAAUUACUGGAUUUCAAAAGGAGCUCCUCCAAGAAGCAUAGUAAUGGGUAUGCCUCUGUAUGGACAGGCUUUUUCGAUCAAUGAUCCAAACGCAGGAACUGGUUUGAAUGCGCCAGCUAGUGCAGGAACUGCGGGAGAAUUCACGAAAGCCGCUGGGUUUUUGGCCUAUUAUGAGAUAUGUGACAGAGUAAUUAAUCGCGGUUGGACUGUCGUUCAAGAUCCGCAACGUCGAAUGGGUCCCUAUGCGUACAAAGGGAAUCAGUGGGUCAGUUUCGAUGACUCUGAUAUGAUUCGGCAGAAAGCACAAUUCGUCAGAGAUAUGGGACUCGGUGGUGGCAUGAUUUGGGCGUUGGAUUUGGAUGAUUUCAGGGGAAGAUGCGGGGAAGGGUCACAUCCUCUGAUGCACACUUUACAGCAAGUUUUGGUUGAGCCACCAAACAAACACGACAGGCGUAAGAUACCUAAAUCUUUAACAUAAUUUUCAGUCCAAAGGCUUUGAAAAUUGGACAUGGUUUCG